UCAGACAUCCGGGUGCGAGAGAAACUUUGUUGCGGAUGCGUGCAAAAACAGGAAUGAGAAUUUCACUGACACCAUGGAAGAGCUGGAAAGCACAACAUGGGAAGAUAUUUCGUAUAUGAGUUUGAGAUUAUCCGACAAAGACGAUUGCAUACAAGGCUGUCUGGCGGAUUGCGACUGUGAAGCUGUGUUUUUUGACGGUACAAACUGCAGAAAGAGGAGGCUUCCUUUGAGAUUUGGUAGAAGAGACAAAGGAACUUCAGAGAGAGCUUUCAUCAAGGUAGGUGUACCUACAAAACCAGACACGGAUCCUAGAAUUGUUCAACCAGGAAGCAAGAAAAAAGCACAUAAGUGGAUAUGGAUCGGCACGGCUAUUGGCGCUGCUCUAUUGGUAAUGGUGCUUUGCAUCUCGAGCUAUCUACUAAGGAGGAAACUAUUUUCAGGGGAGACCAACCCGAUGUCUGAGAAUGAAAUGCUUGAAUGGAUGGAAUCUGAUAGAUCCACUGGCGACGUCAAGGGGCUUCAAAAUGAUGGAAAGAUGGGAAAUAAUUUGACAAUAUUUAGCUACGCAUCUGUCGUGGCUGCCACAACUAACUUCUCGGAAGAAAACAAGCUCGGACAGGGGGGCUUUGGACCUGUUUAUAAGGGCAAACUUGUGACGGGGCGAGAAAUUGCUGUGAAGAGGCUUUCAAGAUGUUCAGGGCAAGGAACUUCGGAGUUUAAGAAUGAAUUGAUACUCAUAUCUGAACUCCAACAUACAAACCUCGUUCAGCUUUUUGGCUUCUGCAUUCAUGGGGAAGAGAGGAUGUUAAUCUAUGCCUACAUGCCAAACAAAAGUUUGGACCACUUUUUAUUCGAUUCAACCAGAGCGACGCUACUAGAUUGGACGAAGCGGUUCAACAUAAUUGAAGGAAUCGCUCAAGGACUGCUUUACUUGCAUAAAUACUCAAGAAUGAGAGUAAUUCACAGAGAUUUAAAAGCUAGUAACAUACUACUUGAUGAAUAUAUGAAGCCCAAAAUUUCUGAUUUUGGUUUGGCGAGAAUUUUUACACAUAAUGAACUUGAAGCAAGUACCAAUAGGAUUGUUGGAACAUAUGGUUACAUGUCUCCCGAGUACGUUAUGGAGGGGAUUUUUUCGAUAAAAUCUGACGUCUAUAGUUUCGGGGUGUUAGUGCUUGAAAUCAUUAGUGGUAGGAGAAAUAGUAGCUUCUACAUUGCUGAUCACGUGCUCAAUAUAGUAGGAUAUGCAUGGGAGUUAUGGAAAGAAGGCAGGGGGCUAGAGCUAAUGGAUCCAACACUAAAGGAUUCAUGUACUGAAGAUCAAUUGUUAAGAUGCUUCCAAGUUGUUCUGUUAUGCGUGGAAGAAAAUGCAGCUGAUCGGCCCUCCAUGUCUGACGUCGUAUCUAUGUUGUACUGAAACAUUCAUCACAAUAAGAAAUGUUAUUGUGUCUGAUAUAAGUAUAAGUAGAAGGGAGUUGCAAAUUCUAUCAGUAAAUGGCUUGUCUAAUACCACAGUUGCUGGACGAUAGAGGAUUCGUCUAUUAGCUAAACGAUAUCUUCGGGCCAUAAUUACAAUGGUACCUUCAUUUUUGAACAUUGCUUGGCUUGUGGAAAGAUUGGAAUAUGGAAAAAAGAAAAAGAAAAAAACUUUGACUACUUGUUUGUAAAUGCAUAUUUUAAUACCCUUGUACCACAGCGAGUACAUUACAUUAUAUGAAUUAUGAGUUG